CCCUGCAGUUCCUGCUGCCUCCCUGGGGUGUCCCCGCCCCUGCUUCCUUUCUCACUGUCCCUGCCCCGGGGGACGGGAGCAGCAGCAGGAGGCUUGGUCCUGUGCAAAGGAGGUGGCAGGUGUCAUGAUCCCAGAGGACAUCCAGAGACUCCUGGAAGAUGCUGAAAUUUAUCUGGCGGAUGGACUGCAGAAUGAAACCUUGAGUGCGAAAGCCAGGGAGCGGAGGGAUGCGAUUCUCUUCGGCUUUCAGCAAGUCAGAGCCAGGUACCGCUUGGAGUGUGUGUCCCGAGGAGAGGAUCAGCACGAUGCUGGCGUGGGCCAGGACAGUUCUGAUGAGAACCAGAGCUGGAGCGUGGCGCCUUCCGUGGCAUCCGAGGCGUCGCUUCCGUCAGACUUCCAGGAUGACGGGUUGGAAGAAAUCACCCCAAGGCCUGUUCGAGACUCAGGGAGCGUGUUGAAGCAGGGAUAUCUGGAGAAGAGGUCUCGAGAGCACAGCUUCUUUGGGUCGGAGUGGCAGAAGCGGUGGUGUGUCCUCAACAGAAGGACCUUUUGCUACUACGCCAAUGAGAAAAGCAAACAACCUAAAGGCACCUUCUCCAUUGAGCACUAUAGCGCCCGCCUGGCUUUCCAUCUCCGCAAAGACUCUCGAAAAAGAUGCUGUUUCGAGUUAACCUGCCCUGGUAAACGCACCUAUGAGUUCACAGCCCCAAGCCCAGCAGAGGCUGAAGACUGGGUGGACCAGGUCCAGUUCCUCCUGAAGGACCUGAGCUCCCUCACCAUCCCGUGCGACGAGGAUGAAGAAGGACCCUACAACGACGUGGACAGUUUGGACUCUGCGAACACAGCAUCCCACAAUACCACCCUGAAUCAGGAUGAGCCCAGUGCUGGGAUGGAAGAUGAUGACAUCUACGAGGUUUUACCGGAUGAGGAGCUGGACCCCCCCUCGGCACAGGACAGCGAGGAUGCCGGGAGCAGCCAGACACGUGCAUGUCCCCAGCGAGAUUAUUCCAAUUACUACCAAGGCGUGUGGGACUGCAGCAGCGAGUAUCCCGACGAGCUCUCCUUCCACCGCGGAGACCUCAUCUACAUCCUCAGCAAGGAGUACAACGUGUACGGCUGGUGGGUCGGGGAGCUCGACAGCACCGUGGGGAUCGUCCCCAGGGAUUACCUGGCACCUGCCUAUGAGCUGGAGGAGCGAUGAGCACCGCGGCCCCGGUGAAUCCGGGUGCUCCUCUGUCCCUGGCCGUGCUGAGACACCAGCGACACUGGCCCCCGCACCGGCCCGCCAGCUACAGGCACCCACCGUAGGAAGAGCCCCGCGUCCCAUCGCCCGGCUGUGCCAGGGGGGUGGCAGCCCCCAAUAAAACCAUUUUCCUCUCUG